AUGGGGGUCAGGAAGCACCUCAUUAUAAGAAAAUUCAUUGCAGGCUCCGGUUCAUUUGCCGGUGUUGGAUUCACAAGAAAGGAUUUGUACAACAUGUGCUCUAGGGAGAGGAGGAGGCUGCUUUUCGACGGUGACGCUACCACAGCCAUCCGCUUUAUGGAAAAGAGGAAAAAGAGGGACCCUAAAUUUUUCUAUGAAUAUGAUGUUGAUGAAAAAGGCCGUCUGAAGCACAUGUUCUGGUGUGAUUCCCAGUCACGUAGGGAUUACCAGGACUACGGAGAUGUGCUGGUGUUUGAUAGCACAUACAAGAUGAAUAAAUAUAAGAUGCCAUUUGUUCCUUUUGUGGGCUUGAACAACCACCGUAGGACAACGGUUUUUGGGUGUGCCAUCCUUUCAAGCGAGAAUGAACAAACAUAUGUUUGGCUUCUAAAGACUUUCCUCGAAGCGAUGUAUCAACAGAAGCCAAAGGCAGUAAUCACGGAUGCAGAUGCCGCGAUGAUCGGCGCAAUCGGCGAAGUAUUUUCUGGUGUGUCGCAUCGCAUCUGCAGCUUCCACAUUGAAAAAAAUAUGGAGAUGCAUCUACCUAACAAGUCACUGAACGAGUUCAGGACUCUUUUGUAUUACACCACCUCAGAGCAAGUAUUUGAGGAGCGAUGGCAUGCAUUUUACAGAAAAUGGCAAUCCCCGAAAACCAGAACAUGGAUGAAGAGGAUGUACACCAAGAGGAAACUUUGGGCUGCAGCGUAUCUCUCUCAAGGAUUCUGGCUGGGUAUGAAAAGUAACCAGCGGAGUGAAAGUUUAAACUCUUGUCCGCACCUGCACCUAGAUGGGGAAAUAACAAUUGUUGAUAUGAUUAUGCACUACGACAACGCAAUUGUCCAUCUCCGUGAGAACGAAGCCCACGAUGACUGCACGGCUUCACAGACUACACCAGUGGCAAUUACUAAUUUCAGAGAACUAGAGGUUGCUGCUGCAAAAAUCUUCACUCCUGCUGUGUUCUAUAUUAUUCAAGAGGAAUAUGAUCUGCUGAACAGUACCAUUGAUGGCAUAAUUUCUAGAAGAGAGGGGUAUGCUAAAGGUAAAGCAUAUGGUCCCCUCAGGUCGGUGCAUGAAAAUGAAGAUGCUAGUGGACCAUGCGAUAUUGUUGUUGGUGAUCCUUUGAAAGUGUCCACUAAGGGUGCACCUAGGCAAGAAGCGCAGAAAUCUCCAAUGACUAAAAAUGGAAGACCGCUAGGACACAAGGAACGCAGGGUGCAGGUGUGCGGGUGUGCGGGGCAUGCCAAGAAGAAGGGCAGAACAGAAGAAACCCAAUAUGCAUAUUUCAUCCGAAGAAUGUGCAGCAGCAGGAAGGGUAGUUCUUUCAUAGUUAUCUAA